CGGCAGACAAAGGGGCCGAGGCGGCCGCCAUGGGGGAGCAGCUCCGCGCCCAGCCCGCCGCCGCCGCCUCCUCCUCCUGCUCGCGGCUCGGCGGGCUGCUGCACGCCGGCCGCCCCCCGCCCGGCCAGCCGCUCGCCAACGGCGGCUGCGGGGAGGCGCCGCACCCGCUGCUGCUCCGCGCGGAGCCGCCGCCGCCGCCGCCCGGCCACGGCUCGCCGGCCAAGAAAUGCAGGCUGCGCCGCAGGAGGGACUCGGGCAGGCGGCACCGGCCACCGUUUCCAUGGUUUGGAAUGGAUAUCGGUGGAACGUUGGUUAAACUGGUCUACUUCGAACCUAAGGACAUUACUGCAGAAGAGGAGCAGGAGGAGGUGGAAAACCUGAAAAGCAUCAGGAAAUACCUGACCUCCAAUACAGCCUAUGGCAAAACUGGCAUUCGUGAUGUCCAUCUUGAACUGAAAAAUUUGACUAUGUGUGGACGCAAAGGAAACCUGCACUUCAUCCGCUUUCCCAGCUGUGCCAUGCACAGGUUCAUACAGAUGGGUAGUGAAAAGAACUUCUCCAGUUUGCAUACUACGCUCUGCGCCACGGGAGGUGGAGCUUACAAAUUUGAGGAGGACUUUAGAACGAUUGCUGAUCUACAACUCCACAAGCUGGAUGAAUUGGACUGUUUGAUCCAGGGCCUGCUUUAUGUUGAUUCUGUUGGUUUCAAUGGCCAACCAGAGUGCUAUUAUUUUGAAAAUCCUACAAAUCCUGAACAAUGCCAGAAAAAGCCUUACUGCCUUGAUAAUCCAUAUCCUAUGCUGCUGGUUAACAUAGGCUCAGGGGUCAGCAUCCUAGCUGUAUACUCAAAGGACAACUAUAAGAGAGUCACAGGAUCCAGUCUCGGAGGAGGAACUUUCCUGGGCCUCUGCUGCUUGCUGACUGGCUGCGAGACCUUCGAAGAAGCAUUAGAAAUGGCUGCAAAAGGAGACAGCACCAAUGUGGAUAAACUGGUGAAAGAUAUUUACGGCGGAGACUAUGAGCGGUUUGGCCUUCAAGGGUCUGCUGUAGCCUCAAGCUUUGGCCAUAUGAUGAGUAAAGAGAAGAGGGAUUCCAUCAGCAAAGAGGACUUGGCCAGAGCUACUUUGGUUACCAUCACCAACAACAUAGGUUCUAUUGCUCGCAUGUGUGCACUGAAUGAGAACAUUGACAAGGUGGUAUUUGUUGGAAACUUUCUCAGAAUUAAUAUGAUUUCUAUGAAGGUGCUAGCAUAUGCUAUGGAUUAUUGGUCCAAGGGACAGCUGAAAGCUUUGUUUUUGGAACAUGAGGGUUAUUUUGGAGCUGUUGGGGCUCUUCUAGAAUUGCUUAAAAUGACAGAUGAUCAGUGAUGGAGCUGUCUGAAGAGAUUUUUACUGCAGAUGCUGCUGGAUAAGAGCGGAAGCCACUACAAGGAUGGAAAUGAAGCCAUUAUGAUAGUUCUACCUGCUGGAUUUGUAAAUAAUUUAAAAUCCUUUUAGCUGAUCUCUAACUUCUGGGUUUUGAGCUUAACUUCAAAAUUCAUAUGGGGAAUACUGAGAUUUUUUUUCUGUACACUGUAUUUUUUAGGGGAAAAAUGUGCAACGUGGCCAAACAUACAGAUUUUAUGGAAUUAUUUUAAAAAGUGGAUACUGUUUGAUGUAGGACCUGUGAUACUAGGCAUCUGCUUUUCUUCUGGGGUUUACUGAUUAGUGCGGUAAUUUUAACUUCAUUUAGUAAUCACUCUAGGAGAUUUUUAUCUUAUUUUCAUGACGUUUCAUGAUUUGUUCUUGGUUUCAAAUGAAACUACAAAGCUGAUGCAUUUUACUGUGAAAACUAGUCAUUGAUUUGUUGCCUUUCCUUUCCUCAUUAGAUGAGACACACUUUUAUUUAACAGCUUUCCCUCACCCUGCCAAAAAAAUAAAAUAAAAUAUGAGCUGCUUGGCAAGACUGCAAGAAAACCUGGGGGGACAGUGUGUGUUUAAACACUAAAUUUUCAGUGCUCCUGACUUUAAAGAUCAGGAACAGACUGCUAACUGGUUUUGCAGUGCUGUCCUUUAUAUUGGAAAUUGUAAACAAUGCAAAGGAGAAUUUUAAUUAUUGGCUUGAAACUGAAAUGAAAUUGUUUCUUCUGAAAAUCUCUGAUCUAUAUGGAGAGUUCCAUAGUACAGAUGUUGUUUAUGUAUCGUACAUGCUUGGUGUUAGAUGACAAAGGGAGGAGAUUCUUUCAAUUUAUUUGAAGACUUUUCUGUAGUGUGCAGUUUCUAAGUUGAUCAUAAUCGAAAACAACUGAUAACUGCAUUAUUCAAAGCCCAGUUUCUAAAAUUAGAAAAUCACUCACUAAUGUAUUUUCAGUUUUUAAGCUAAUGCCAACUUUCCCUCUCGAACACUAAGGUUUGAGUGUUUAUUCCAGUGCAGUAUUUUCUACAUUGGUUUCACUGGUGGACCUCUAGAUUUUUUCAGUUGAAUUGAGACCACUUUGAAAUCUAUGUAUUUGAUUGCGCAUGGCAUGUAUGAACUCGCUUUUCCUAGACACUUCGAAGGCUCACAAAUCAGAGGCUGAAAACCAGUCCAUAAAUUAUUUUGUCUUGUAAAACUGUAUGUGAUGUCACAUAAUGUAAAGGGCUCAUCAGAGGGACAGUGUAAAAUUCAGACUUAUGUAUUAUCCAAUAUAUUUUUGGAAGGGGGUUAACUCACUUUUUUAAGUCAUUAAUUUCCAUAUCUCACAAAUGGUGAAAUGAAUUCAUAUUAGUUGAAGUGUUAACUUGUCUGAUGGAAAUAAAGACCACCACUGUUUUGACUGUU